AUGCGCCCGCCAUCCUCCCGUCUUCUACGGGUAUUGCGCCCUUCAGCAAGAACACAGCAAAUGCAAAUACCCCAAUGUGUAAUGACGAUAACUACAUCGCCAUCGCCAUCACGAUCACUAUCAUCAUCGUCCUCAUUACAACCUCAAACGCACGGCCCUUUAAGCCUGCGCGUCAGCGCACCAGACAUCACCAGUCAACAUCAUUCCGUGCUACGCAAUUUCUACACUACCUCCUCCUCCCUCAACAACAACCACAGUAAUAAUAAUACCAAACCCCAAUCCCCCCGAUCCAACCCUCAACGGCCCAACCCCUCCGACACCCGCACCCGCACCCGCACACCCACACCCACACUCAGCCGUACCCCCAACGAAGACAAACCCCCAGGAAGUAUCAGCGAAGACAUAACAUGCGAUCCACCUCUCUUCACUCGGAAUGUGCUUAUGGACGUAGCGGGCCCGUCCACGGCAAUCGAUGCGUGUUUGCCAGAUGGGUUCCACUUGAAUAAUGGGGUGAAGAUUACGGGUGGGGAUGGGUGUUUGUUGGUCGAUGGGGAGGUUUUUGCGUGGAGGCCGUGGGAGGCCGGAAAGAGUGAGAGUGGGAGGCAGAUGGCGGCGAUGAUUAAUGAGAAGGGCCAGUGGGAGGUUGAUGCGGAGGUUUGGGGGGUGUUGAGGUUGAUACGGCCGAAGCCUGACCUUCUUAUUCUUGGACUUGGGGCCUCUGUCCAUCCCCUCUCUCCAGAGACGCGGAGGCAGAUCAAUCUUCUUGGUAUCCGGGUUGAAGUCCAGGAUACGAGGAAUGCGGCGGCCCAGUUUAACCUCUUGGCUACGGAGAGGGGAGUGCGGGAGGUCACAGCGGCGUUGAUUCCUGUUGGCUGGAAAGGGCCGUAG